GAGAACUGAAACAGAAAAGGAAGGAAAGAGCGUUACAACUUACAACAACUACUUCCAUUGUUUUGGUUUGGUUGCUUCUUCUUUUCCUCUCUACUCUCCCACAACAUCACCAAUUACCACAGUUUGAUCUCUCCCUUUUCUUCUUGGUGAUCAUUUUCAACCCCAACAGUUCACAACUGGCAGUUAAUUUCCCUUCCAAUCUUUUUGGAUUCUUUUUUCUUGGUUUUCUUUGCUUCAUUGCUGAGAGUUUGGAUAUUGUUUUCUUUUCUUUUCAUCUGGGUUUGCUUUGUUUUCUACAUUGGUUUUCUCCUUUACCAGCUGGUUUCUUGCUAUUGACUGAAAGUAUAGAUAUUUUGGUUGUGGAUUCAUGGCUAGUGUAAGUGAUUUGAAUCUUUUUUCUACAUGGGAAUUCAAUGGAGAGGUGAUAUAGAUUCUUGGGAAUUGGAUACUUUUUUUUUUUGGUUAUAGUGGAUUUGCUUGGAUUGGUACGUACAUUACCAUGGCUGAGAAGCAUGGCUCUUCUAUCACUAGGAAAUCUUUCUUUUGCUUGUUUAUGGCAACUACAAUGUUGUUUGUAUCAUCCUGGUUGUUUGUGUUACGGUCAACAAGCCGUCCUAACUUCUUUGAUCGUACAUUGUUUCCAAAUGAAAAGCUUCUGACUAUUUUUAACAAUGGCCAUUCUGAAUCUUCUAGUCAAAGUAAUGUUGAAUCUUCGAAUGGAUCAAGUCGAGCAAUUCUUGCAAAUAAUGAAAAAGACCAUGAAGAAGGAGAAGGAGAAGAACCUCCAAAGAGAGAAGUAGGAUUUCAAGAUAAGGAUGGUGCCGCGAACUGUAAUGGGAAUUUUAAAGAACCACUUAAGGUUUUCAUGUAUGAUUUAGACCCUGAGUUUCAUUUUGGGCUCUUGGGUUGGAAGCCUGAAGGAGGUAGUAGUGUCUGGCCUGACAUUAGAACUAGAAUACCCUCAUAUCCUGGUGGAUUGAAUUUGCAACAUAGUAUAGAAUAUUGGCUUACAUUGGACCUCCUAGCUUCAGAAUUUUCUGACAAUCCAAACAACCGUGCUGCUAUCAGAGUGCAAAAUUCUAGUGAAGCUGAUCUCAUAUUUGUACCUUUCUUUUCUUCCUUGAGCUAUAAUCGAUUUUCCAAGGUGAACCCUCAUCAGAAGAAGAACAGGAACAAAGUUUUGCAAGCCAAAUUGGUAAGGUUUUUAACAGCUCAAAAGGAAUGGAAGAGGUCAGGGGGGCGAGACCAUAUUGUUAUGGCUCACCAUCCAAACAGUAUGCUAGAUGCUAGGAUGCAACUGUGGCCUGCAAUGUUCAUACUUUCCGAUUUUGGUAGGUAUCCAAUAAAUAUAGCAAAUGUUGACAAAGAUGUGAUUGCGCCUUACAAACAUGUAAUCAAAAGCUAUGUCAAUGAUACAUCUGAUUUUGAUAGCCGGAAAACUUUGCUAUUCUUCCAAGGAGCCAUAUACAGGAAAGAUGGUGGAUAUGCUCGACAAGAGUUAUAUUAUCUUCUAAGAGGUGAAAAAGAUGUACAUUUCUCAUUUGGAAGUGUCCAAAAGGAUGGAGUCAACAAAGCUAGCCAAGGAAUGCACUCAUCCAAAUUUUGCCUAAACAUAGCAGGUGACACUCCAUCAUCGAACCGCCUUUUUGAUGCCAUUGCCAGCCAUUGCGUUCCUGUGAUCAUCAGUGAUGAGAUUGAGCUUCCCUACGAAGAUGUUCUCGACUACUCUCAGUUCAGCAUAUUCGUUCGCACAUCAGAUGCUCUCAAAGAAAGAUUCCUUGUAAACCUCGUCAGGAGCAUCAAGAAGGAAGAAUGGACUCGAAUGUGGGAGAAGUUGAAAGAAGUUGAGUCUUCAUUCGAGUUUCAGUAUCCCUCGAAGGAAGGUGAUGCUGUUCAAAUGAUAUGGCAGGCCGUGGCACGCAAGGCUCCUGCUGUUAAGAUGAAGAUAAACAAGUCUAGGAGAUUCUCUCGUUCUGUUCCCCGCAAAGAGAGAGGGCUAAGAACUAUACCAUCACCAAGUAACUUCUGGUGAGAAAAGGGAAAAAACUUCACAUUCUUUCAUGGCCUUGUGAAGCAUUUAGAGAUCCGAACGCAUUAGGAUUUUGAGACUAAAACUGUAUUAUUUUUUGUAAAGAAGAAAUUUAACAGACAAAAAAGGAAAAAGAAACCAUAGGUCUAGACACUCACCUUCCAUUUCUGGCUAGAGAAUGUCUUAAAUUCCUUCUAAGGAACUUCUCUCUUCAUUUCAGAAGGAAUAUAUGACUUCCAGGGAACUGAAGCUUUUCGGCUGUUAAAAAUUUGGUUAAAAAUCUUUGUACCUAUGUACAUAUAUUUACACAACUUACUUGUCCAGAAAGAGAAUACAUAUUAGUUUGUUCUUCACAAAAUUCUUGCUCAAUGAUUGGAAGUGUGCAGUGCCUGGAUGAUGAUGUCUGCUGGUCUAACUCUGUGUCUAAGUAAAAUUGGA